CUCUCAGCUCCACCCUCACAGAUCCCGCCGAUUUGUGGUCCGGUAUGAGCCACGCAGCGGGCGUUUCAAGCCCCUACACAGGAGGCCACACCACCAUCACAGCCGAGCAGCUGCUCAAGCAACUCUCUGUCCACGAGGACCUCAGGGAGACGCUCAAGCUCAAUGCUAACGAGUGGAAGCGGCGCUGUGAGGUGGCCGAGGCCGACAGGGACAACUGGAAGAGGCGGUGCGAGCAGGCGGAACAGCGCCUGAAGCAGUAUGGCGAGGAACCUGACAGCCUCUCGUCGCUCUCCUGGGAGGGCGGCAUCUACCAGGGGUACGUGCGACACGGAAUCUUCGUGCGCAACAUGCGGCCUCACGGCGAGGGAACGCUGCGGACGAUGGAUGAGAAGGAGACGCUGUACCAGGGCCAGUGGAACGAUGGCAAGAAGGAGGGGAGGGGACAAGAGCUCAGAAACGGGCGUGUCAUCUACGAUGGACAGUGGCUGGAGGGGAAGCGACACGGCCAAGGCAAGGCCUACACGUCUAGCGGAGUGGUGUGGUUCUCUGGCGAGUGGAAGAAUGAUCGGAUUGACAAAGGCACUCUCUUUCCGGAGGGGAGGUGGGGAGAAGGCGCCAAGGCUGACGGCACGCCCAAGUAUCCGGUGGCGGCAACGGAGUGGCAGGCGGGAGACAAGCUGCCUAAGACGAAUGUGCAGGGGACGGGGCGCAAUCUGCCGCAGUUCUUGGAGGGCUAUGGGCUGGCUGAGUUCCUUCCCGACGAUGCCAUGUGACUGACUGACUUAUGUUGGUGUGUCUCAGUGGUAGUGGGCGAUGUGUAUGGAUCUUCGGCUUGUGACGGCAUCGAUGCAUUGUGGCUCUUGCGGCGAUUGCGGGGGAGGGCGAACUCGUGUGUUUGUGCUACAAGUAUCGAAGGGACAGCGCUAGCAGAUCGUUAAAGGAGAUACAGAUUCCUUUGGACGAUAUGGGAAUCUGUGUGCCUGUAUACGCAUCAACCAAAU